GUGGAUCAUUAGGUUGCUUUUCGCGUCAGGUCGCGGAAGUUUGGCAGACGUCAUUAGCACCAGUAACCAACCCAUCAACCCCAGGAAAGUUCUUCACCUCAACACCACAACCGCAAUUAAUCCUUCGUCGUUCAAACCCGACCACGCCCUUGGUAUCAUUUCAAUCGAUCUUUACGGUCCUUAGCGGAGUGAUCCGCAGUACCAGUGUAUCACUUGCGCCCUGAAAGAUUCGAAUCGACUUAUUUUCCCGACUCCAUCAUUUCAACCUUCACUGGCUUAAACCGAAAUGGAUCCCCAUACCACCUCAUCAGACGCUGUACUUAAUGAGUCGUCGCCAUUACUCCCUACCACAGAGAACAGGCCCAAAGGAACACGAUCAGUUACCUUCAGCGACAACCCUGUUACAAAAACCUUUGAACCUACUCGACAACAAUUUCAACAUCGAUCCCCCGGGCAUCAUGCUGUUGGCUCCGUCAGCGGCGCCGCUGGUGGCCCUCCCAUGCUCACAGCUCUGAACAAUAAGCUCAGGAGACGGAACAGCCAAGGGUCGGUACCUGCAGUUGCUAAUCUAUCUUUUGGGCCCAAAAUUGGACCUCAACGCAGUACGAAAAAGACGGAAAAGCUUAAGCUGCUUCCCAACACCGACCUGGACGACCCUGAAGAUGAGGAGAGUGGAAGAGAUGUCUAUUCUCAGUACACACGUAUCAAGGAUCCUGCUGCGCGGAGAGAUGCAGCGAAACUAGGAAAAGCGGAUCGAGACCGACUGCCGCGUGUCACGGCAUAUUGCACUGCAAACCGAUACGAGAUGGAAGCCCUGAUGAGAUUCCUAAAGGGAAGAGGAAAGACCCGAGGCGCAAAUCCCAAGCUCAUCGACGAAUGCAUAUAUACGCCGUAUAAUUAUACCGCCAAGAACGCGCGCAGUCGCGAUCCAGUUCAGAGCUAUGAACGCCGGCAUUCAACUGGAGGUGACGCCAUUGAUGUCGCGCAACAGCGGAGCGACUUAGCUGACUUGCAUUCAGAAGAGGCCGGUUCAGAGGCCCAUGGCCACAAUGGCCACGCCCAUAACGAUGCUAACGGUAACGGUAAUGGCUCUCACAUUGACAGCGCAGAUCUGCUGGGCUCGGCAAUAGAAGAUCACGACUCGAUAAGCGAGACCAAUCCCGAUUUUGAUACGCAGGUGCAUACACCCGAGGUGUUUCUCUUUGAUUAUGGAGUGGUUGUCAUCUGGGGAAUGACCGAAGCUCAAGAAGCCCGGUUCCUGAAAGAGAUCGCCAAGUUUGAGACGGAGAAGCUUGCCCCAGAUGAUGUCGAGACUGAGUUGUUCAACUUUUACUACACCAAGGAUUAUCAGGCCCGUAUCUAUAACGACUUUAUCACUCUCCGCGACAAGAACAACUACAUGACGAAAUUAGCUAUUUCUCAUGCACUGGCGCAAAGUGUCAAAACCUCACUCUUCGAAGAGCUGAUUGCAUCAACAGUCGAUACAUGCAAAGAUAUUCCUACACAAAUAGCCACAACAGGGAAAAUUGCACUUCGGCGAUCACAGAUCAACAUGCAAAUUGGAGAGCUUUUCAUUCUUCGCAUCAACAUCCACCUCAACGGCUCAGUCCUCGAUACACCUGAGCUCUUCUGGGUAGAGCCCCAACUCGAACCCGUGUACCAAGCCGUCAGGAGUUAUUUAGAGAUGGAUCAGCGCGUUGGACUUCUGACAGAACGUCUCGAUGUCAUAGCAGAUUUGUUGGCUGUGCUAAAAGGAGAGCUUAGUCAUGGCCAUGACGAGAAGCUUGAAUGGAUCGUAAUUGUUCUUAUUGCGGCAGAAAUUCUAGUGGCAGCUGUCAAUAUUGUAGUAGACUUAUAUGUCGGCGAAUAAGCUUUUGUUCAACCAUGGUAUCUCACCCAUUCUUUCAUUGGGGAAGGAAGGAGAAGAAGAAAUAACAAAUUUAGCUAGCGGAGUUUGAUAUUGUCAGAGUAUGUGUUAUAGUUUGGUAUAACAACCCACAAACGAGGCGACCAGGAGUACGUGUAAAAUUUGCAGAUAUUAGAUAGAUGACUUCGCGGUUAGGUCUAAGAACGAUGCGCGCGGAGAAACUGCGUUUCUUAAUCUAUGUGAAUCCUUUCUCGGAACUUGGUUCUUUGUUGUGAAAAGCAUCUAAUUACUAGUACAUGGGUUGAUGUCAUGACAUGCGAAAUUGUAUACCCGCCAAAACGCCCCUAGAGACAUUGAAUGGAUGUCCUCAUUCCUCUACUUUCUCGCCAGCCUGCGUAUCUUGAUCCUCAGUGUCAUCACCCAUCUCUAUGUCCUCGUCCUGAACGAGUUGCUUUGACUCAGCAGGCUUAUCAUCCUUCUUGUCAGAUGCGGGGCUUUUCUUCGAUUCAUCGCUCUUGGCCAUUGCAAGUUCGAAUUUUGCCUCGUAUUCAUCUUUCUCACCAUCAGAGAGACCCUUCCAGAUACGAGUAAGCUCAUCCUCAAUGUUCACAGGGAUUUCAUUGUCCUUUUCCUUGCUCUCGAGACCAGGCCGUGUUUCUAAGCAAAACAGCUCGAAUGCACUGGUGGGCUUCUUAGAAUCGCUCGCAGAGAUACCGUUGGCAUGAGCCGGCUUCGGUUGGCUUUCUGGGGGGUGUGAGAAGGUUUCGGAGGUUGGGGAGCCGGCGGUGUUGGUAAAAGAUGCAGCGACUGGUGCCUUCGAGUCGGAAUCAGGCAUCAUCGACUUUCGGUGGCCUCUCUUCGUACGCAGAGGCUUAUCUUUGGGCUUCUGGUGGUUAGCUAACUCACUUGGUAUGGUGAAUUGGUAGUCCUAAUCCAAGCGCAAAAGCAUCAACAUUGAACCGGGCGCCGUAAGUAGUAGAGGCGCGGCAGGCCGGUAGAGGAUUGCCAGGCAAAGGGAGAAGAGGGAUGGGAAGAAAAUAAUAGCAUACCGUAGGGGGUGGGCUUGGGCUGCCGUCUGAGUCCUCGACGUUUGCGCUCGUGCGCUUUGCGAGCUGUUCGAGUAGAAACGCGCGCUCUAUUCGCAACUUUUCAACCUGGCGCUUGAUACGAGCAAGACGAAGUCGGGCGGCAUCAUUGGCGUCUUCAACUUCAUUGGUGCGGUUCUUGAGUUGAACACAUUUUCGACGAUAGGCCUCCUCCACGGAAGGAGGGAGUGUAGAAGGAAUCGCUGGAGUGCGAGGAGGCAGGUCAGCUUCUGAUGCCUUGCGCUUGAGUGUUAUGGGCAUGCUGCGCGUUUGAUGUGGAGGCGAGGGUGAUGAUGAGAGAGCCGUGAAAACAAUACAGGAACUGCGCGACAAGGAGAAGAGUGUGGUUGUGAAGCGCAGGGCAAAUGAGGAUCGUGUGGUAGAUGGCGUAAGGGAUGUGCCUCAGCCUUAACUUGAGCCGUGAGUUUGAGGGUUGGAGCAAACCAACAGAACCCACCAGGAGCGAUCGUUGGCAGUGAGCGAUUCUGUCAUGGGCGAAUGACUUACCGGGCAUGGUUGGCUAGCUACCUAGGCAGGUAUGAAUCACAGCUAAUGAUAUGGUCUCUACGAUUGGUAUGUAUGUUGCUGGAAAAGAUUCGAUUAUGAGACGAGAAAAGAUAAUUGCGACGUCGACUGUCGAAGUUAGCUGUGAGUUCAGGAGUGAUUGCUUGACGCGUGACGAUUCGCCAGGUUGUUAAGCUCACUGAAUCACUCACUGAUGGGCGGUGUCCACUGGAAUCUGUAAUUGAUGAACGCUGAAAUCGAUCAGGCAACGAGACAGAGAAGAAGCUUCGUCACCAAGGCGAGAGGAGCUAGUACCUAUGGCGCUGGUCGUGGGUAUCAGUAUAAAAAGGUGUUGAAAGUAAGUGUGUCAAUCAG